AUGUCUCGCUACAUCCACACGAUCCUCCCGUCGUUGCUGGCCCGGCUGCCCCAAGUGGGCGAGUUCAGCAAUGUCGUCAUCUUUGAGGAGGACGAGAUCUACUACUUCCACAGCGUCGAGGCGGCGCUGGUGCAGACCAAGCUCAAUCUUGUCGGGGUGAUCCUGGGGCUCGAAGCGCUCGGUUCCACGUUUAAAACCGGCCACGAAGACGACUAUAUGACGGUGGAGACUGACGGAGGGUGCAUUGUUGCCGUUAAGGAGGCCGGAAUCACCAUUGCCGCCACCCUCGUCACCCAGGGAGGUCAUAAUGCCACCACCACAGAACACUCCAUAGUAGCCCUCCAGGCGGCGCUGGUGCUUCGACAAGGGUGGCAAAUGUUUAUGUUUACUACAGGGACGCCUCACGACCGGACGAAAUUGGCCCCGUUCUUCGAUAGCUUGUUUGAACGGUAUAAUAACCGGUGCGGGACAUGGCUGCCUAGCGGGGCCAAUAAUCUUCAUUACCGAGGGUUUUUGGGGUUUUUGAGUGGUGAUAAAUGGUCUACCAUCACCGAUAUUGAUUUAUCGCUACCAGAGCUAACAGUUGGUGGGUUAGUGGCCAAUUUUGACUCCACUCUGUUUAAGCAAUAUGGAGUGGUGGCAGGCACUAGUUUCGGCCCCCUAUACACCUGGCUUGAGUUCUACCACUACUACCAUCAACUACACGACGAUAUCGCCGAAGAUCAAGUGGGAAACGCCUCAAUUACCAGUGCCUGGGCUACUCCCUAUGAUGGCGUAGCUCUCGUGGGACGCGACGAUAGCACCGGUGCUGCACCCAUUAAUGAUGAAAAUGGAGCUGAUGACGAUACUGUGAGUACCUAUUCUCAAUACUUCAGUCCCGCCACGUUAACUAAUAAUCUUGUGGUGGCGCCGUUAAACUAUACGGUAUCGCUGAUCCGCAACGUGCCUGAUACAUUGAUUAAUUUGCCUCUGUCGACGUCAAAAUGGUGGCAAGGAAAAGGCUAUUUUGGUGGUGGUAGCGGUAGCGCUGACGAGGCAGCGCUGGCACCGCCAAUGGCCUCAGAAGCACCGGGACAGUUUCUUAUAGGACGUCGUGAUGCACAAAAUAUUACCAAAAAGCGGGUCUUUUUGGCUGAUGAUAAGGGAGACUACCAACCCCAUCGUCUAGUGGUUUAUGUUAAGAAACUGGUGGUGGUGGCUUUACUUUACCCUGAUAACGUCAAUGAACUUGAUAGCGACGAUAUCUACGAUAAUAUCCAAAAGUGGCUGGAUACAGUGGUUGGCGACGUAAAUGAGGCCAAGACAAACCUCGGUACUAGCUUUGGAGUACUCCCCGCGGGAGUUAAAAGUGACCCUGAUGCCGACUUCUUCUUUGUUGUCUACAAUCAUGAUGAGCACUGGUUCCAGUCACUGCUCCCCUAUUUGCCACCAAUAGCUGAUUCUGCUUCCACUGGAGGAGAUACUGCGAGCAAACGACUGGACUCUCCCGAACUGCACGAGCCUGAGACUGUCCCCUCGCCGCCGCCCCGUGUAGCCCGAGUACUUGUCUCAUUGCACGACCAGCUCUCUAGUGUCAUCAUCGGCGAUAAGCUCCUACAGAACGGAGCCUAUGAGUACUUUCAUAAGUUCUCUGGUUCAGGAAACCACGACUGGAUGUUCUAUUUGGUGAAACAAGGACCUACAGUGGCAAUAGUGGUGAAGAAUCAAUCGACAAGACGACAAGCCAAGCGAGGGGAACCAGUGGAACCGCUGGUAUUGGCAAAUCUUCCGAAUCCUUUAGGGUUUCUCGAUAAUCUUGGCGACGACGUGAAAGGGUGGCUCAGCUACUACGCCGGCGUCGGAGCUGACGCCACCACUGCUUGA